UCCAAACAAUAAAUUUAAUUUUCCCACAUAAUCAAUUUAAUUCCUUUAUAUAUAAGCCUCAUAAAUUGUCCUACUUUUAUUAUCUGCCAAAUUUCUCAUCAAAAUCUCCUCCCUUGAUCAUUUCACCAUUCCAUAUUCCACAACUGCCGACAAAAUAAAUAAAUACAAUAAAAUCCCCUCCAAAAAAAUAAUAAUAAUAAAUUCCCAUGUAUUAAAACCUUGUUUUUCUCUCCCUUUUUAGUUACAAUCACAAUUUUCAUUUGGAGAGAUUUCUUAUUUGUUGUUUGUAAAUUUUCUUACUUUUUCCGUUUUUUUUUUUUUUUUGCUUCCUUUCUCUGAGUAUGGGAAAUUUUGCUUCGCGGGUUUUUCAGCUUUUCUUUAUUCUAUGGUUUCUGAGUUGUUCUUCAUCUUCUUCUUCUUCAUUGCACCCUUUGGUUAUGGACUCGAAAUCCAUACACCAAAACUACACAGCAAUAUCGGAGUUUCGGGUACUCAAUCGGAGAAUUCUUGAGCAGUGUCCUGAUCCGAAUCCUUAUCUGAAAGUAAAUGUAACCUCCAAGAACUCCAAACUUGGAGAUGAAGAAUUUGUUACAGUCACUGUAAGCGGUGUCUUGCUUCCUUCUGAACGUCAUUGGGUUGGCAUGAUAUCACCUUCUCAUUCCGAUGUGUCAAGUUGUCCUUGGAAUGCUCUAAUGUAUGCACAAACUGGCGACUUUAGUAAACUUCCUCUUCUGUGUCAUUAUCCUGUUAAGGCAAUUUACCUCAGCAAAGAUCCAGGCUACCUGAAUUGCACGAAGACUGAAUGCAAAAAACACAACAAAGAUGGCAAAUGCGAGGUGAAAACAUGCACUGGUUCAUUACAAUUUCAUGUUAUAAACAUCCGAACCGACAUCGAGUUCGUCUUCUUCGGUGGUGGUUUCGAAACUCCUUGCAUCUUUUCCAGGACAAAACCUAUCAACUUUGACAACCCAAAUAAGCCAUUGUAUGGACAUUUAUCAAGCAUCGAUUCCACUGGAACAUCUAUGAGAUUGACAUGGGUUAGUGGAGAUAAGAAACCUCAGAAAGUGGAAUAUACAGAUGGGAAAUCAAAGCUUUCAGAAGUUUCAACAUUUUCACAGCAUAAUAUGUGCAGUUCAUCUUUACUACCAAGUCCGGCAAAGGAUUUUGGUUGGCAUGACCCUGGAUUCAUUCAUUCAGCAUUGUUAACAGAACUUCGACCUUCAACCAAUUUCUCUUACAGAUAUGGAAGUGAUUCAGUUGGUUGGAGCAGUGAGAUUCAAUUCAAGACUCCUCCUGCGGGAGGAUCAGAGGAGCUAAAAUUCUUGGCAUAUGGUGAUAUGGGAAAAGCUCCUCGUGAUGAAUCUGCAGAGCACUACAUUCAGCCAGGGUCUCUCUCAGUGAUAAAAGCUAUGGCUGAAGAAGUAAAGUCUGGAAAUGUGGAUUCUAUCUUCCAUAUUGGUGAUAUAAGCUAUGCCACUGGCUUUUUGGUUGAAUGGGACUUUUUUCUUAACCUCAUCCACCCUUUGGCUUCUCGAGUUUCUUACAUGACGGCUAUCGGAAACCAUGAAAGGGAUUAUGUACAUACUGGAUCUGUUUACAUUACUCCAGAUUCGGGUGGAGAAUGUGGAGUUCCUUAUGAGACAUAUUUUCCAAUGCCAACCCCGGCAAAGGAUAAGCCAUGGUAUUCCAUAGAGCAAGCAAGUGUUCACUUCACUGUGAUUUCUACAGAGCAUGACUGGUCAAAAGAUUCUGAACAGUAUGAAUGGAUGAAAAAGGACAUGGCUUCUGUUGAUCGAUCUAAAACUCCUUGGUUAAUAUUUAUGGGGCACAGGCCUAUGUACACAUCUUCAAGUGGACUCACUAACGUUGAUCAAAAUUUCGUAGAUGAAGUUGAACCAUUACUUCUUGACAAUAAAGUCGAUUUGGCUCUGUUCGGUCAUGUUCAUAACUAUGAGCGAACUUGCUCAAUUUAUGAUGGUGAAUGUAAGGGAAUGCCUACAAAAGAUAAAACUGGGAUUGAUGUGUAUGAUCAUAGCAACUAUACUGCAACAGUGCAGGCAGUUAUAGGCAUGGCUGGCUUCAAACUGGACAAGUUCAAUCUUCAAAAUAGUUGGAGUUUAUCAAGGAUUCCAGAGUUUGGAUACUUUAGAGGACAUGCAACAAAGGAAGAGUUAAAGUUAGAGUUUGUAAAUGCAGGAACAAGAAAAGUUGAGGACAGCUUCCUAAUCACUAAAAAGAAAAAGCCCUCCAAUAGAAAAAUAAACAUGGGCAAAUAGAUGGACAACACACUCACAGAGGGAGCCUACAAGAAUCUCUUUCACUACAGUUUUCUUCUUUGUAGACUAGAUUUACAUCUUGUUUUGUGCCAAAUACAUAUAUAUUUUUUUUUCCAUAAAUCUCAAUGAAUUCUAGUUUUACUACCA